AUGAUUCAAGAGAAGAUGAGGGCUUCUCAAAGCCGCCAAAAGAGUUACCAUGAUAAAAGAAGGAAGGCUCUUGAAUUUGAGAAGGAUGAUCAUGUUUUCCUCCGUGUUACGCCAAUAACGGGAGUUGGUAGAGCGUUGAAGUCGCGUAAGUUGACGCCACGUUUUAUUGGUCCUUACCAAAUUUCGGAAAGAGUGGGUGAAGUAGCUUAUCGGAUUGCGUUGCCACCGUCUCUUUCUAAUCUCCAUGAUGUGUUCCAUGUGUCACAAUUGAGGAGAUAUAUUGCGGAUCCAUCGCAUGUCGUUCAGUUGGACGACGUUCAAAAUAGAAGUGGAGGAGAGAAACAAGAAGAGGAAGCUAGGGUUUUUGAGGAGAAAUCAAGAGAAUCUGAUGAAAUAUGUGCUUUAAAAUUCAGAGUAGUGUAUUGGAACCUGUAG